GACACAUUCAUGCGCCCAAGGUUCAACAGCAAACUCCCGAACUGAACGUUGAUAGUCCUGCAAGUACUUAUUGAAGUGUAGAUUGAUUUGUGUUGCAGUUAGGUCAUUUAUAUCGUAUAAUGGUUCGACUUUAGUAACAGUUCAUUAAUACUGGGAAAGGUUGCGAAAAGUAGUGGCCAGACACCGCGUGCGUUUUCACAGCUGAAGUGGCUAGAAAGUCAACGUGAAUAGAGGACAACAUGGUGUAUUCUUUCAUACUGAAAGUUGUGCAGCGUAAUUUGCAUCAGUAUCAAACACUGUCAACGCAAUGCGUUCUGGGAAUAUGCAAACGCAUGCAGAACAGUUUGCACCUUCAGAAACCGUCUACUACAACAUCCAGGUUAAUUUUCUAUAGGACUGCAAAUCGCUCACCUAUUGUGAGUAAUAUAUUUUGUACACGGAGUCGAAGCAUUUCUCUCGACACAAGGUUGAGAAGUAAAGGCGAAGAGAAGGAUGGUGGUCAGGUGUCAGUACCGAGGCAAGGACCUUCUACUGCACAUAAAGUGAAGGAAGCUGGCAAAGACUUCACCUACCUCAUAGUUGUGCUGAUUGGACUCGGUGUAACAGGUGGGUUGUUGUAUGUGGUGUUCCAGGAGUUGUUCUCCUCCUCCAGCCCCAACAAGGUCUACAGCAAAGCCUUCAACAAAACCAGGUUACACCCAGAGGUGAUUGGAGUGUUCGGGGAGCCAAUCAAGUGCUUCGGUGAGACGUCCCGCCGAGGUAGAAGACAGAAAAUCAGUCACGUUGAGUACAUGAAGGAUGGACUGAAGCACAUGAGACUGAAGUUCUACAUCGAGGGAGAAGAACCAGGCCGGCAGGGAACUGUGCACACAGAAUCUAAAGAGAACCCUGAAACUGGAAAGUUAGAGUUCCGCUACAUCUUCGUGGAAGUAGACACCUACCCAAGGAGAACCAUUGUCAUUGAGGAUAACAGAUAAGAUGGGGACUGAUUAUUUGACCCAGUCUGAAGAGGUGCAUCAGCUGUCUAGCAUCACUCAGAUGAUACAGGCAAUGCAUCACUUUGUUGCUGAAUAGAUGGAAUCAAGUUCGUAUGUCUUGUUGUUUAGUAUGAGUUUGUGUUAGACACACGUGAACGUAAAUGUUGGGUGAUUUAGAAAAUGGGGUCAAACAAUGAUUGAUGGUAAAUGAAACAGAUCACUCUACUGCCAUUGCUGACUUUUCUGAGGACAAUUUCCUUGUUUUUGAGAUAAGUGAGGGUGGAGGAUGAUCUCUCUUUUACGUGGCUGUUCCCUUCUGAAUGCCAAUGACUGGUGUUUAAAUUAGCUAUGAUUUGAAGCUAUGCCGUUUUAAUGCUCCAUAGGAUGAAAGGCUUCUCUAAAGAAUGGUUUACUUUUGUUGUGAAAUGAUGGAAACGUAAUGCUGUAAAAGAAAAGCAUCUGAUGCAGAGAUGUUAUUUGUGUGUUGACAGUGAAAAUGUUGAAUGUCUUUGUUCUGGUCAUGAAUCUACUACACUGAUUUGAGAUAUGGAUAAACAUCAAAGAUUUUGAGUUAACUAAGACACCUGUAUUUUGAGAGCAAAUAAAUAUAAUUAUGUUUUAUGAGUAUGUGGUCAUACAAAAAAGGAAUGUGACUUGAUUAAACCCCCAAUGAUAAAGGAUUCACUGGCCAUGUGAAAUUAUACAUAUUCUGUCACACUGCAAAUGUUCUAUUCCACCCUGAACUUAUUGGAAUUACAUUGUAGAAUAAAUAUGUUGUUACACA